ACUGGGUGUGCAUUCUAUUGUAGACAGCCUUAGGGCAUUGUCAUACUUUAGGUGCAUCAGGGAACAAACACAAGUUUCACUUGUAGAGUGUUUCUUGGUUUGUUAUAAUCUUUGCAUCUUAAUACCUUUUACUUAUUCUAGUACUGUUUGAUUAUUUGAAGGAAGAUUUUAUUUGUAACUUAUAUAAUACAUAUAUUACACACACCUAUCUGUAUUACACUACUUUUAAUAAAAACAAGGCCUCCCCUUGUGAGGAUCCUGAAAAGACAAAAAGGUAUAAGUCUGCCUCCUUCAUUUAAAGAUUCAAACAACAGAUUAAGUAGAAGACCUUGGAGAGAAGCCUUUGUUAGAAGACCGAAGGGACUUUGAAGGACCCCUGCGUUCAAGACCGUUGCCUACAUUGACGCUGAUGCAUUAAAGAGGACGGGUCCCCUAUUCCAAGAUGGCAGCUCUAUUGACGCAUUCGUUCCAAUGAACUGCCGUAACCAAGGCGACAUCUAGUGUAGAUAUCUAUGUACUGUACACUCACAACUACAGUGCUUUACAAGUACAGGACAGGAAAAGUUAGAUAAACUUGUUACAACAGCUAAACCAACAACUUGUUCACUAGACCCCAUUCAAACUAAAUUACUGAAAGAAGUGUUACAUAAAGCUGGUGAGCCUCUUCUUAAUAUUAUUAACUCGUCGCUAUCUUUUGGUUACGUCCCUAAAUCUUUCAAGUUGGCAGUUAUUAGGCCCCUCAUUAAGAAACAGAAUUUAGAUCCUAAUGAACUAUCAAAUUACAGACCUAUUUCACAUCUUCCUUUUAUGUCUAAAAUAUUAGAAAAGGUUGUGUCUGUUCAACUACGCUCCUUCUUACAGGAGAACAAUAUCUUUGAAGAGUUUCAGUCAGGUUUCAGGCCCCACCAUAGCACAGAAACUGCACUUGUGAAAGUUACAAAUGACUUGUUCCUAGCUUCGAACCAAGACUGUAUGUCCCUAUUAGUUCUACUUGACCUUAUUGCUGCAUUCGACACUAUAGAUCACAACAUUCUUCUAGAUUGCUUACAAAAUUACACAGGUAUUCAUGGACAGGCUUUAAGUUGGUUUAGAUCCUACCUGUCUGAUCGAUACCAUUUUGUAGAAUUAGAUGGUGAACCCUCCAGUUUAUUGCCAGUUAACUAUGGGGUCCCACAAGGAUCAGUCCUAGGACCUCUGCUUUUCUCGAUAUACAUGCUUCUAUUAGGGAACAUCCUUAGAAUCACUAAUGGAAACACUUCAACUAGCACUUCUUUCAUUAUCUUUUGCAUUUAAAAAAAACAAAACAAAACAACAAAAAAAAAACACACCUUUGACACUUUCAUUGUAACUUUGAACAAAUGUUUUAAACUCAUGUUAUCUUAAGUAUGUAACUUAGUGAGCCAGCAUUAAUGUAUUCAAUGUUAGAGAUUUAAGCACUUAUGUACGUCGCUCUGGAUAAGGGCGUCUGCCAAAUGCUGUAAAUGUAAAUGUAGAAGACAUGGGAUUAGUUUCCACUGUUAUGCUAACGAUACACAGUUAUAUAUCUCAUCAAAACCAGAUGAAAUAGCUAAAUUGUCAAAAUUAACUUAGUGCGUUAGAGAGAUAAAUGAUUGGAUGAGCUGUAACUUUCUGUUGUUAAACUCCGCUAAGACAGGCAGAAAUACUACUUAUCGGUUCAAAAACCAGUACACAGAAACUCUCACAAUUCAACGUCACUAGUAGCUCGACAGAUAAGACCCAGGUGUUAUACAUUAUUAGACAGCAACUUGUCUUUUGAAAAUCAUAUCACCCAUACUACAAACACAGCCUUCUUCAACCUUAGAAAUAUUGCCAAGCUGAGAAACAUCCUGUCUGUAUCUGAUGCUGAGAAGCUAGUUCAUGCAUUCAUGACCUCUAGACUGGACUAUUGUAAUGCAUUACUAGGUGGUUGUCCUGCAUCUUUAAUAAAUAGGCUACAGUUAGUCCAAAAUGCAGCUGCCAGAGUUCUCACUAGGACAAGAAAGUAUGACCAUAUAACCCCAAUUUUAUCAUCUCUACACUGGCUACCUGUUAAGUUUAGAAUUGAUUACAAACUGCUGCUACUUACGUACAAGGCUCUUAAAGGUUUAGCUCCCAUGUAUCUAACUAGUCUUCUAACACCUUACAAUCCUUCAUGCUCUCUGAGUUCACAAAACUCAGGACUUCUGGUAGUUCCCAGAAUAUCUAAGUCUACUAAUGGUGGUAGAGCAUUUUCUUAUUUAGCUCCCAAACAUUGGAAUAGACUUCCUGAUAGUGUUCGGGGCUCAGACACACUUUCCCAGUUUAAAUGUAGAUUAAAAACUCAUCUCUUUAGUCAGGCAUACACAUAAUACAUCCCAUAAUAUUGUACUCUAUUACAUCAGACAUACAAAUAUUAUGAAUAGCAGAUAUGUUAAUCCCUCUCCACUGCUUCUCUCUUUCUACCCAUCCCGAGGCAUCCUGACAUUGUACCAGCUCCGAUCGUCUUCCGUGCGAUGAAGAUUUUGGACCUCCACUGAGAUGAGCUCGACUCUGAGAAUCCUGAGACAUCUAGAGAUCUACCAGCUCCAGUUGGACGAUGCAAUACUAAAGAAGAGAUGUGAACUCCAUGUGCAUCAAUACAACAUUUGUCAAACUGUAUAUUUAUAAUCACACCCUCCAGUCUCACCCACAUGAGGAUGAGGUUCACCUUUGAUUCUGGUUCCUCUCAAGGUUUCUUCCUUUGCCAUCUAAGGGAGUUUUUCCUCCCCACAGUCACCUGAGUCACCUCAGACUUGUUCGUUGGGGAUAAAUACAAACACAUUUAAAUAUAUCUAAUAUUAAUCUUGAAUUUUGUAUCAUAUUAAUAUUUAUAUUAUUCUUUAUAAUAACCUUUUGUUCUAUGUUUAUGUUCUGUAAAGCUGCUUUGAGACAUUGUAAAAAGCGCUAUACAAAUAAACUUGAAUUGAAUUUAAAUGGGGGGGCACGGUGGCUUAGUGGUUAGCACGUUCGCCUCACACCUCCAGGGUUGGGGGUUCGAUUCCCCUUGUGUGUGUGGAGUUUGCAUGUUCUCCCCGUGCCUCGGGGGUUUCCUCCGGGUACUCCGGUUUCCUCCCCCGGUCCAAAGACAUGCAUGGUAGGUUGAUUGGCAUCUCUGGAAAAUUGUCCGUAGUGUGUGAUUGUGUGAGUGAAUGAGAGUGUGUGUGUGUGUGUGUGUCCUGUGAUGGGUUGGCACUCCGUCCAGGGUGUAUCCUGCCUUGAUGCCCGAUGACGCCUGAGAUAGGCACAGGCUCCCCGUGAAUUUAAAUGUGUGUGUGCGUGUGUGUGUGUGCUUGUGUGUGUGUGUGCGCGCGCGCGUACACUGUAUAUGAGAGAGAGAUUGUGACUAGACAUGAAUGCGACUGAAAACGGAGCCACCCAAUUCCCUUGAGACUAUCAGAGUAACAGCACAAAAGGGGAUAAAUCGCCACAUGAAAGGGAAAGGAAAGUGAAAGUAAAGGAGCAGAGAGCACACCCUCAGUUCCCGGACUGCAGUAAAUACAUUUGUGGAUUAUUAUAGUCUUUACCGUGUUGCCGUUAGCUAUGGCUAUGGCUAUUGCUGGGAGUAUAUCAGACAGGCCGGCUUUUUUACGUCAUAUGUUAGGCCUUGCUAAAUCUUCUGAUCUGAUACCUGAUGUUAGUAUCGAUGGCUCUCUGGUGAAGUACUCUGGAUUAGAUUCAACAUCUGAAUUAGAGAACUCCAUUACCGAGAUGCUAAAAGACGCACACAGCUGGCUUAAGGAAAAUCGGGAUUCUGUUUUAUCCGCUUUAUCCGCUUUAAGUAAUGUACCAAAUUCGGUGGGUUUAUGCGCAAUGGUCUUGUCUAUAGCGGUGGAGCUCAUAAUCAGUACCGAAGUAGAGAAAAAGGAGAAUAAAGACAGCACAUCGGACAUGAUGCGCCGUGUGUUCUCUGAGGAAAAGGCUUCAGGUGUGAGAGACACGAUGGAGGAGUAUAUGAAACGCUUACGUAUGUAUUUACACGAACCAACACUUGUUCUAGAGGAGACACAACGCCUGGAGAAACAGCUGAGCGAACAGCUAACCCGUCUGAAGAACUCCAUGCUGCAUGACAACCAAAUGAGCUCCCGCUCCCUAAAGCACUGGACUAACGGUGCAGCUUUCCAUCUGCAGAUGCUCAUCCAUGAAGCCCGACUGAAGAUGCAAAGCACCACGGAACAAGAGGCACAACUUCAAGGACACCAGGCUCACAUCAUCACUGCGCUUGAAUGCUAUCAGAGCCAAUUAGAGGAGCUGUUAAUGGAGUACAAGACCUACAAAAAAUCAACCAUCUCAGUUACCUACCUAAUGCCGUGGUACAUGGCCUUAGUGCUAUCGGAUCCGAUUCUAUUGCAUCUCUUUGUACUUAAGGACGAAGAGUUUGACAGACGAAGUCCUGCUCUGUAUUUCCCAAAUGUUUCGAGGACUGGUUUAUCAGAAAAUUAUGUCGACUACAUGUUUGACAACUGGGCUCAGUUAAAAGAGCUGAAACAAUAUUUCAGCGAUCUUAAGGGGAAAAUAAAGGACUUGAUCCUCCAGAAUGACGAAUUUAAAAUACAAAAGGUUUUACCUGUCUGAGACAAGCAGGAUGGUGAAAAUGUCCUAUAGGUCUGUUCAUGUAAGGUUGCUGAGCUCUUUGUAAUCAUUGAUGUUAUCCAGUAGGAGUUUGAAUUGCUUGUUUUUUGCAAAAUGAAUUAAAUUAACAGUGAAAUCAAUGAUUCAUGAAUGUAACUAUAUAUCUUCCAGUUAAUACAAUAUUUACUUUGAGCAUUUUUGAGCAUGAUUGGUAGUGAUUUUUCAUUUUACUGGUGAAGAUUCUCAAAGAAAAAAAACUGUGAUUCAAAUAAAUUAAUGAAUAAAUGUGAUUAUAGAUAUACAAACACACAAGUGUUCAUUAUAGUAUUACUGCACGCAAUAUUGUUGAACACACAGUAUUUACACUGGGCGGCGCUGUUUCUGUUUAUUGUUUUUUGAUUGUCUUUUUUGUCUUUUGUGUAUUGUCUUGUAACGUUUUGUCCUGCACUGUCUUGUCUGUCUUGUCUGUCUUGUCCUGCACUGUUUGCACCAGGUUGCACAAAUGCACUUUAUGUAUCUAGGACUAACUUACUAAGUCCUUAACUCUGUGUUUGUUAUAAGUAGCACCAUGAUCCUGGAGAAAUGUGUCAUGUCACUGUGUACUACAACAGCUAUAUAUGGUUGAAAUGACAAUAAAAUCUUCUUGACUUGA